AUGACGAAAAUCGUCAUUCAAAACGUUCGUGUCUUCGACAGCGAGGCUAUCUUGGAGCCCAGUAACGUCGUCAUCACCCGGUCCGCCGGAGACAUACAGGACUACAUGGACGACGGCUCUGCGACCGAGACCUCUGACAUCGUCGUCGACGGGCGAGGCUGCACACUGAUUCCCGGCCUCAUAGACGUCUGCGCUAACAUCAAGGGCGCCAACGCCGCCCUCGGCACCUUCGCAUCGCACGGCGUCACAACCGUCAUCGACCUGAGCAGCAACACCCAGCAAUGCCAGGCCUUGCGUAUAUACGCCGCCGGCCGGACGAGACUGCCGACCGUCUUCACCAGCGGAACCGAGGCGGUGCUGGCACGGGAUCCUCAACCACACGUCUACGACAACCAGAACGAGGUGGUCAUACGCACGACCGAGGAAGCCGUGGCCUUUGCCGCCGCGAGGGCGAGCGGUCCGGACCGUGCCGACUUCGUCAGAGUCGUCGUCGACCUUCAUUCCCCCAACGACGCCCUCCUCAAGACCAUCGUCGAUGCCGCGCACGCCCACGGCAAGCUGACCGUCGCCCGCGCCACCGGCAAAGCGUCCUACGAGCGUGCCAUGCGCGCCGGCUUCGAUGUCUUCGCCCAUGCACCGCUCGACGCGCCCCUCGAUUCCGCUCUGGCGCGGGGGAUGGCCGCUCAGGGGAAGGUCUUCGUGCCGGCGUUGAGAAUGAUGCAAAGACGCGCGCCAGGCGGGGCUGACGUAGAGGCACGGCGGCCGUCCGCGCCGCCUGGCUUCCCCAUCCCGGGUCUCUCUGGCCGCCGGGGAGACGACGACGCCGAGGAGAACAAUACCGCUGUUGCCGACGCCGGGUCUCUGCAGCACAGCAACCCGGGCGCCACGCCAGGCGGUAACUACGAGAACGCGGCCGCGAGCGUGCGCACGCUCUACGAGGCCGGGGUGACCAUCUGCGCCGGGACGACGGCGAACCUGGUGCCCGGCGCGCAGAUACCCUUCGGAGAGAGCCUGCACGAGGAGCUGGAGCUGCUAGUGGACGCGGGCAUGGCGCGGCUGGACGCUCUGCGCUCGGCGACGUGCGUCGCUGCCGCGGCGUUCCGGCUCCAAGAUCGCGGCAUCGUCAGGGGCGGCCUGAGGGCUGAUCUGCUGCUCAUUGAUGGCAACCCAUUGGAGGACAUCUUGGCGACGCGCAAGAUCAAGAGGGCUUGGAUCCAGGGCGAGGAUAUCGAACUUGCGAGGACGCAUUGA